CAAUGAUGAAGCCUUCGAUGUAAAAGCAACAGAAAUGUCAAGUUCUGAUUUACUAUCUGGACACCCAAAAGACCAAGUAAGUGACCUGUGCCAGCCUGAGUUGAAUGUGGAAAGCACUGAUUUGGUAACUAUGCAAGACAAUCCAAAUCCAGAUGGUAAUGUGUUCAGCAAUCAGGAGAAGGUCCUGUUUGAAGAUGAGGACAGUAAAUCUGUAAAAACACAACAAUCAGAAAUGAUCUCUAACUUGGAAGACUCAGCUAUGGAAUACAGAGAAAGUACCAGGGUCAGGGAGGAACUGGAAACAUCACAGAUGCAACUAGAAACAGAGACAGUAGGUCAAGAAGAACUCAGUCAACAGACUGACUAUGAUGUCAGCAUCCCUGUACCACAUGAUGGCACUUCAAAUCUUGCCAUUACACAUUCUGGGCUUCAAAACCCCACACCAGCAAACUAUCCCGAGAAGAACCUGGAAAGCCCAAUUCCUGAAAGUGAAAAUCUCCAAGAUCAUGGAGUAAAUGAGGGAGAAUUAAGAGUGGAGGAGUGUAAUGAAUCAAUGUUAGUGCCUCUUGAAGGAAUGGACACAUCUGGCACUUUUCAGGAUGAAGACACCAGAGGUGCUUAUCAUUCAGAGGAUGCUUUUCAUGACCAGGAUGUGACACUACCAGCCCAAACGCAAGAAAAGCAUGAACUUGACAGUGCUGGCCAAAGUGUGAAACAGAGUCCUAACAUAAGCAAAGAAAUGGUUUUGUCAAACCUGAUAGAGGAAGCUGAAGUGAGUGACAUUAACCAACCUGAGUUGACUAUAAAGAGUUCCUUUGAUCGUCCAAGUAAGCAGGAAGACUUCCCUCUUUAUGACAGGCUCGAAGAUCAUCCAGCAAAAUCUACCAUCUCUGAGGCCUUUGAGCAAGCAAAUGAUGAUCAUCAUCCUGGGGAAAAUGUUACUGAAACCCACGAAGAUGAGGUAAAGCCAACACAAAUGCCAGAAGAAGAUGAAAAUAUCUGGUCCACAGUUAAGGAGGGUGAUUCUUCAGUGCAAGCCCUGCAAGCUGAAAUUAAUGUUCCUUCAGACUCUGAAUCCCAGCACAUGAACCCCAAUGGGAACCCCAUUAGGAACAGGAGAAAACUGGGAUCAAGUCGUAGAAGUAAAAGACAACAGCAUGUCGAGAACAUUGUUACUGAAACUUUACAUGAGCCAAAAGAAGAAUGUGUUCAAAAGAGGAGCAAUGAUGAAGCCUUCGAUGUAAAAGCAACAGAAAUGUCAAGUUCUGAUUUACUAUCUGGACACCCAAAAGACCAAGUAAGUGACCUGUGCCAGCCUGAGUUGAAUGUGGAAAGCACUGAUUUGGUAACUAUGCAAGACAAUCCAAAUCCAGAUGGUAAUGUGUUCAGCAAUCAGGAGAAGGUCCUGUUUGAAGAUGAGGACAGUAAAUCUGUAAAAACACAACAAUCAGAAAUGAUCUCUAACUUGGAAGACUCAGCUAUUGACUACAGAGAAAGUACCAGGGGCAGGGAGGAACUGGAAACAUCACAAAUGCAACUAGGAACAGAGACAGUAGGUCAAGAAGAACUCAGUCAACAGACUGACUAUGAUGUCAGCAUCCCUGUACCACAUGAUGGCACUUCAAAUCUUGCCAUUACACAUUCUGGGCUUCAAAACCCCACACCAGCAAACUAUCCCGAGAAGAACCUGGAAAGCCCAAUUCCUGAAAGUGAAAAUCUCCAAGAUCAUGGAGUAAAUGAGGGAGAAUUAAGAGUGGAGGAGUGUAAUGAAUCAAUGUUAGUGCCUCUUGAAGGAAUGGACACAUCUGGCACUUUUCAGGAUGAAGACACCAGAGGUGCUUAUCAUUCAGAGGAUGCUUUUCAUGACCAGGAUGUGACACUACCAGCCCAAACGCAAGAAAAGCAUGAACUUGACAGUGCUGGCCAAAGUGUGAAACAGAGUCCUAACAUAAGCAAAGAAAUGGUUUUGUCAAACCUGAUAGAGGAAGCUGAAGUGAGUGACAUUAACCAACCUGAGUUGACUAUAAAGAGUUCCUUUGAUCGUCCAAGUAAGCAGGAAGACUUCCCUCUUUAUGACAGGCUCGAAGAUCAUCCAGCAAAAUCUACCAUCUCUGAGGCCUUUGAGCAAGCAAAUGAUGAUCAUCAUCCUGGGGAAAAUGUUACUGAAACCCACGAAGAUGAGGUAAAGCCAACACAAAUGCCAGAAGAAGAUGAAAAUAUCUGGUCCACAGUUAAGGAGGGUGAUUCUUCAGUGCAAGCCCUGCAAGCUGAAAUUAAUGUUCCUUCAGACUCUGAAUCCCAGCACAUGAACCCCAAUGGGAACCCUAUUAGGAACAGGAGAAAACUGGGAUCAAGUCGUAGAAGUAAAAGACAACAGCAUGUCGAGAACAUUGUUACUGAAACUUUACAUGAGUCAAAAGAAGAAUGUGUUCAAAAGAGGAGCAAUGAUGAAGCACUCAACAUAAAAGCAACAGAAAUUUCAUCAGCAAUAGAUAAAAAGAAGGAAGGCGAACCAGAAGAAGACUUCAAACUCAACCCCCCCAUUAAAGUAAGAAAUGACAACGGCAACACAGGCCUGGUUUUGUCACAAAAUGUAAAAGAUGAUAAUGUGGGACAAAAGGAAGGAUAUAAUGACCUUGAUAAUUUAAGUCAGCUUACAGAAUUGGUACAAUCACCAGCCCUGAAAGAUUAUUUAGACACUGAGAAUAUUCCUUGUCAUGAUGAUAUCGAUUUCAUCAGGCCAUUCUCUUCUGAUCCUUUUGAGCAAGAAGAUGACUAUCACAUCCAAAACAAGGAACCAUCACCUUAUGACAAAGACAAAAUAAUAAUUACACAACAGACCAAUGAUACAGUAGAAACAGUGGGACAUGUUAUGUUCGACGACUAUAAAACAGAAGCAGACACCGAGGUGGAUGUUCCGGUUUCGGGGAACGAAGAAGUUGAAAAUUUUAAAGAUUUGGUAAAGAGAGACCAAGACACAGAGAAUAUUAUGGCUUUACGGGAGAUCACUGCAUCACCCCAGUCUGGAUUGUUUUCUACUACACACAAGACUGAGUCUUUGGCUCCACUGGACACCAAUCCUGUGGUAAACCUCAAAGCAGAGCAGGCUGUGGAUGUGGCUGAGGAAAAUGGAAGUGAAAAUUUACAAGAAAAAUCCAAACAGAAGAAAAGAAAGUUUGGCUCUAAUCGGAGGAUUCUAUUCAAGGGGAAUCUGGAAAGAGUGCAGGAAAGCAAAGAUGAAACCAAAAAGAGGGAAUUUGAUGCUGAAGCUGAUUUAAGAAGUCUUGAAAAAAUGAAAGUAAUGGAAGACAUUCCCAGGCUUGUCAGUGCUGAGGUCGAAAAACAACUGGAAACUCAGGAAACCAUCAGUCAUCUUGACUUGGGGCAAAUUCUACAAGGCAGUACCUGUGACCCACAAAGUUUGGAGAAUGAUAUUAUCUCAGACAAAAAUCUGGCAACUGAGAACUCAGCAAACUCUAAUAUGACAGGAGAGAACUCUGUGCCUUUAGAUGAGACCACUUUGUGUUCACAAAGUACUGCAGAAAGGCCAGAGAGUGCCAUAGUAUUACAACACCAAGCUCUGAAAUCAGCCACAGAGCUGGUUGUGGCUGGGACAGAUUUGGAAAUAGUGACAACUGAAGUGAACAAAGGUGGAGAAGAGCAAAACAACACAGAGUCUAGCAUACAGGAGUCAAACAAGGUGGAUGAAGAAGUUCACAAUACAAAUCUUGAGAUGAAGAACGCUAGCCCAAAUUUGACUCAUCGCAGAAGAAAAAUGGGAUCCACUCGUAAGAAUCUGAAGUCAAAAACCAAAGAGGAUGGCUUGCAUCAAAAGCAGGAGAUAGAUAACGAGGCAACAGAGGCCACGACAAAUGCUGAGGAUGUAAAGACAGAUUACUUUUCAGGCAACAAAGAAGAGGAUUCGGAACCCAAAGUAGAACAUGGGGAUGAUGACUCUGAACAAAAGAAAGCCAUAGUAUUGGAACAAGCCGAGUUCAGCCACAUUAGUGAUUCUCACCUCACACCAACAGCUCUUGGGACAUCUGAAGACAAUCUUGAGCCUAAUAGCAAAAUAGAGCAUCAACUAACUCCAGAUUAUCUCCCUGCAAAACAAUCCACCACCCCUGAACUGGAUGCAAUGCCAGAAGCAACAUCUUCUGGUAGAAGAAGAAAAUUUGGAUCUAACCGUAAGACACGUGGACAACAGAGCAAUAAAAACCAAACUGUAAGAGAAGAGAAAAUAAUAGAGACUGAAAGUGGGAGCGAUGGUGAAGGUGUCACCGAUGAAAGUGCUGUCAAGACAAAUGAGAAGAAGACAUCUGAGGUUGAAAAUACUAAAGAGGAAGCAUCACCAGGCAUCAGCACCUUGAAAGGAGGAGACAACUCAGCACCAAAGAGUGAGAAGAAAUCCCAACAAGUGACUCGAGUUCAACAACCCUCUGCUGGAAUCCACCAGAGUCAGGAAGGUCAAAAAACGUUCUCCCUGGUCAACUCUAAAGAAGCAGUCAACAGAUCAAAUUCUUACAAUGUGGUGAUGGUCGGCGACAGCUGUGUGGGUAAAACCGCCUUCAUGAAAAGAGCUGUAGUUGGAAAGUUUUCUACAGACUUACCUGCUUCUUGUGGGAUUGAUACAUGCCUGGGGACUGUGGUGGUGGAUGGAAAAGUUGUGAUGCUGCAGUUGUGGGACACAGCAGGGCAAGAAAGGUUUCAAAGCAUCACAAGACAAAUUUUCCACAGAGCCCAGGCCUUUCUCCUUAUGUAUGACAUCACUUCCUCUCACAGUUUUUCUGCAGUCAGCUACUGGGCCAGCUGUAUUCAGGACGGGGCUGCAGAGGAUGUUACUGUUUUACUCCUUGGGAAUAAAAGCGACCUCACUGAUCGUCAGGUCACAUUUCAGGAGGGAGAAACUCUUGCUAAGGAGCACAACUUUUACUUCAUGGAGUGCAGCGCUGCCACAGGAGAAAAUGUGAUUCAGUCUUUGGAAAGUGUGGCCAGGAUGUUGAGUCAAAAAGCUGACACAAGAGAGGAAACCACCGUGUUGUUGAAAGAGCCACAAAAGAAGAAAUCAUCAAGAUGUUGCUGAGCAGCUGGACUGACUUUCAAAAAGUUUGUACAUCACAACUAUGACAGCUACUUAAAACACUUUUGUUUGCUUUUAUCUAUCAAUAAGGUUAUUCAUUUACACAACUGAGAAAGUCUGAAAAAAGACUGAAAGAAUGUUUUCUAAAUGCAUGGUAUGUCAUACCAUCUUUAUGCAGAUGACACACAAAUAUACCUGCCUUUAAGACGAAAUGAUGACAGUUCUAUAAAACGUCUGCUGGACUGUCUGAAGAACUUGACCUGGACCCUUGCUAACUUUCUUUAAACCCUCACUUACUAAUAAAGAUUGACAGUGAUUUUAUGGUGGAUACAUUCUGUUGUUAAAUCCAGUUUUUAUCGUCUGAGGCUUUUAUGCAGUAUCAAAUUGGUUUUAUCUCUGCAAGAAUCUGAGUGAGGGAUUUGUGCUUUUAUAUAUACUCAUUUAGACUACUUUAGUGCACUUUAUAUUGGAGUUAAUCAGCUCUCCCUUGCAUGCUUACAGUUUGUCCAAAAUGUAGCUGCUCUAUUUUUAACAGGUAUGUGAUAAAAUAAACAUAUCGCCUCCACCCUGACCUCCCUCCAUUUUCCCCCAGUUUUUUAGACUCAAUUUUAACUUUAUCAUUUUUACAUCUUUAAAUUGAUCAGCACCAAGUAGACUUCUUGUGGUCUCUGUGGUCUGCUGAUCAGCUUCCUCUCAUCUUCCUUAAGAUUAGAUCAAAAACCUGAGAUGAUGAAUUAUUUUCUGUGGUGCCUCUUAAACUAUGGAAUAAACUACCUCCUAAAAGAGUCCGCCUGUGUAAAAAUAAACUCAUUAGAAAAUUAUUUAGAAAGGCACACACCUCUCUAUAUAAGGCCUCACAGCUGACAAUGCAUAUCAAAGCUUACUGAGGCCCCCUCUCCCCAGAUUGCUCAGGUGACCAGCUCUUAGAAGAGUCUUGGUUGAGCCAGACUUCUUCCAUUUGAAAAUUAUGAAGGUCACUGCACUCUUGGGAACCUUCAUUAAAGCAGGAUUUUUUGUAGCCUUCCCAAGAUCCGUGCCUUCAACAAUCCUGUCCCUAAAGUCUGCAGGCAGUUCCUUUGACCUCAUGGCUUGGUUUUUGCUCUGAUAUGCAUAGCUGUGAGGCCUUCUAUAGAGGUGUAUGCCUUUCUAAAUCAUGUCUAAUCAUUUAAUUAACCACAGGUGAAUUCCAAUCAAGGUGUAGAAACAUCUCAGCAAAGAUUUAGAGAAAUGGGAGAAACCUGACCUAAAUUUCAAGUGUUUUUGCAAAGGUUUGAAAACUCAUGUCAAUGUGGUAUUCAGUUUUCUAUUCUAAAUUUGCAAACAUUUUUAAAAUCUGUUUUCACUUUGUCAUUGUGGUGUACUGAGUGUAGAUCAAUGAGUAUAAAAAUGAAUUUGAUCGACUAUAGCAUCAGGCUGCAACAUAACAAAAGUGAAGAGGGUGAGAAUACCUAAUAAAUGCUCUGCAUCUGUGUUCUAGUCACUGUGCAGCAAUUUGGUAAAUGUCUGUUUUAAAGCAGGCUUUAUAAGUUAAGUGGAUUGGACACUGGCAUACAAUACAAUAGGCAUACACCUAUUUUGUCAAUGUACAUAAGCAAAAAAAUCUCUAAUAAAUAUUUAAUGAUACUGUAAAGUUGCUGCAUAAUUACUUUCAAGGCUGCAGUGAACAGAUGGAAUUAUUUAAGGCAAUGCUUCUUAAAUUAUGCAUGUUAUUUUAAAUGCUUUUGUUUGAAUAUUCAGCUUUUUUUCUAGCGUAUCAUACCUGUCUCUUCUCUGAGAAACAAACCCAUUAAAUCAGUAUUUUUGGUUCUUGUUCCUGGUAUAGGAGAAUUAAUUUACUAAUGAAUCUCCCCCAGAGAUAUCUUAGUUCAGAAAAGUUUCUCAGAUAUGGUUGAAAAAGUAAACAGCUUAAAUAAAGAGUCUUUUUUAGUAAAGACUCUUUGUAUUUUCAUAUACCAAGUGUUUUAUUUUUAUUCCUGCUACAUUCUGAAGUGUAAACAACAUAAAAUUAUCAAGGAUGUAAUAAAAUCUAAGAUUCAAAACAAUUAAAUGUAUUUUUUGGACUUAAUCUAAUUUUUUAUGUCCUGCUUGUGCAAUAUCCCUGAUGAAAACAGCAACAUUUUAUGACUUUAGCUGUUUAUUACACAAAGUUCUGCCAUUUUUAAGUAGAUAAUUAUGUUUUAUGUCCCUCAUCUGUUAUAAAUGUUUGUAACACAUACUGUUCUCAUUUGCCUAACAGCUGCAAGACUGAAAAAAUAACCAUAAAUUAAGUUAAAGCUCUUAAAGAGAAAGCGCUAGCAAAAUAAUGGUCAAGCGUUAAGUACCAGUACAGAUUAACCUAAUUAUUUAAUCAGUUUUCUUUUUUUCUUUAUGACCUGUGUUGCUAAAUGUUUUAUAUCCUGUUUCCAGCUUAAUAAACCUGCU